UAUAUAAACCAGCUGCUCAAUCUCUCAUUAGAACAGUUUAGAAGUUAAACCAUUUAAGCCCAAAAUGAGACGAAAUUUGUUAGUUUUAGCGUUUUUUGGCUUCGCUGUUAUGAUAGACGCCAAAUUCGAUAUUGUCUAUAAUGUGCAACUUACAAACCAUCCUGGAGAUUUGAUGACUACCAGUCUACGGCGUUAUGGGCGCGAUCCAAGUCCAAUUUCUGGUAAUAUUACAAUUCUGAAGGAUCUUACCAAUAAACAUCGGAUGUCAGUGGAUAUUCUAAGGAUUGAUAACGACGAAGUGGUGGACUUUCCAGGAUUGAAAAAUCGGAGAAUUUGCGAAGCUAUCAAGAAAUUCUAUGAUCCUUACUUGAAAACCACGCUUACGAGGAAUAACACAAACUUAAACUUUAAAAAAGGAAAGCUGUGCCCCGUCCCAAAAGGUAAUUACUGGGUCAAGGACAUCGUGUUUGACAUAAAUGAGUGGAAGACGUUUUGGUGGCGCGUUGGUUUCUACAACGUUAAUUUUACGAUAUUUAAUGAAGACGCAACAUUUGGCGGUAGAAUUGAAUUACGCGCUAGAGUUAAUCAGAUAUAGUCCUUUUCAUAAAUAAUUAUAACACGUAUAUGUAAAUAUUUGAACAUGACUUUUAAAGUUAUUUACACUGUGUUUCAAAUAAAGGGCUUUAUUUAUUAACCUCGA